CUUCAAUCUCUUGUUCCAAAUAUACCCCCCUCCCGUGAGCUUCCUUUCCUCUCCUCAGCGUCCGCUCUCUCCCAUUUCCCUCCCCAACAUCUUCUCUCUCUCCUUCCUCCCCCCUCCUCUUUCUUCCGCAUCUCGGUGUACGCGCGUAUCCUGCCCUGGUCAUUACUCUUUUUCUCUUUCUUUCUCUUCGUGUAUUUUUUCUCGACCUUUUUCCCCUCGAACCCCAGAUUCGUUGGGGUACCUCUUAUUGUCAUUACCUAACUUGAACGGGCACGAGUGGCUAAACCUCAACCCGCAGCCUUCAGUGCUUCCGCCAUCGGCUGCACUUCUUUCGUCCACGUUCUUGUUACUCAAUCGCCCUGGAAUCGCUUAAUAAUUUCCCCUUUGCGCUUCUGACGCCAUCUUCCACGAGUCAUUGCCGCCGUCGUUUUCUUUCUUUUUUCUUUUUUUCCCUUAUUGUAUUUAUUCAAUCCCGCUUCGUGACUUGUGCGCCUCCCCGGCUCACUUUCUCUUCCGCACGCCAUGGAGUCCAGGACAGCGACGGCAGAGCCGUCCAGCAAGCGACCUCGAUCGCCGUCCGGCGAUUUCCCUCCCAUCGCUUCCAAAGUUCCCAAAACCCAUUCGAACCACCUGCAGAUCAACUACCUGGCGCGUCAGUAUCCGGAUAAUCUCCCUCUGGUCUCCAUCGAUGAUACGAUGCCCGCGAUCAUACACCUGAUCGGUGAAUAUGAUGGUGUCCUACAUCGUCACGAAAGUAUUGCCGGAAAUUUGGGCGCAUGCCCUUUGGGGCCCAUCCUGAUCAAGCGCUUUGAGCGCCUUUUCGAUGGCCCUCCCCGCGUGCUCAAAUCGCACGGCAAAGACUCCCCCAACAUUACCUGGCUGGACGUGGUGGAGUUCGCCAAGAGCAAGCCAGAGCAGUUCAAUCUGGAGAAGACCCGCAAUGGUGUGCGAGUCUGUCAAUUCUACACCAAGCAGUGUCGGGUGGAAAUCAGCGAAGAAGACUUCGUGCUGAUCGCAUCGGGAAUGCCGCAGAAAAUGAUCCCUCCGCAGCCGAUUAUUGAGGAUGAGGAGAAGGAGUUGGGCGCGUUGGAGAUUUUGGAGAAGAACCUCCAACAAAUUAUCCAGGUCGCGGACCAAGUGUCCGCGCGAGCGAGACAACUCAAUCAUCGUCUCAAAAACCGAAGAACAGCGAUUGUCACCCGUCGAGAGAAUGAUCUAUCUCUUCAUUCGCAGUCGCAAUCACAAUCGCAAUCGCAAUCGCAAUCGCAACAGCCACAACAGCAACAGCAGCAGCAACAGCAACAACAACAUCGCUCUAUCAGCCCCGUCUGGCGCGACGCCAAUGGAAGUCAACAUCCGCUGAACGGCAGCAGCCACUCGAACACCCAGUCUCCCUCCACCGGCUUCGUUGCGGUCAACACCGGCCGGCUCGGUGGGGAACCCACGACUGAAGACAAUGCGCUGUCACAACAGUUUAUGUUCUCGCACUCCAACACAGAUAAUGUCACCAUUAUCAAUGGGACCUCCAUCAAAGGCGCAUCUCCGACAACGCGCGCGGAGUUGAUGAAGAAGUUCUUCACUACCCAAGACCGACAAUCUCGCAGCUAUGAAGAAGGGACUGGGUCCCAGAACCGCCAGUCAUCCCGGCCACGGCCGCGGGCGUCGGAUGCGACAGAGUACAAUAUGUACACCCCCGCCCCAGCCACAGUUGCCAUCCCCAACACUCCGUCAUCGCUACUCCCUCCGCCCAAGUCCCACCACCAUGAGAAGGACGACGGCGGCCCGUUCAAGAUGGAGAUGGUUGCCCGCAUGGAGGAGCUGCAACGCGGUGAACGCAUACUGCCCCCAUGUGACCGGUGUCGUCGCCUCCACAUGGAUUGCUUGAAGAACCUUACAGCAUGCAUGGGCUGCACGAAGAAGCAUGCCAAGUGUUCUUGGAAGGAUGUCAAAGCGGAGGAGCUCCAGGAGCCACGUGAGCCCCGUGAGCCACGCCCCGAUCCAAUGACACGGGAGCGACCAGAGAGUUUGACCCCGAAAGAGUCCUUACCGACGACCACAGCACCGGCCCCGAUGGCCCCAUCUAUAUCUUCCGCUCCCACGCCCCCUUUGGCUGUAGUGGUGCCCGAAAUCGAUCGUCACCGAGAGAUCGAGUAUAACGUGCGCAGGGAAUCCGCUCCGACAGCGGGUCCCAUACCCGGGACUCCACUCGGGAAGGAGCCGUCGCCCCGCCGGGCGAUGAGUGAGAUCCGAGGGGGCUCCUUAAGUCAUGACAGGCAUAUCGGCAUCAAUCGCAACACCAACCCAGCCGCCGAGGAUGAUGACCCAGAUGCCAAUCAACGGCUAAUGCAAGCGAUCCUCGACACGGUUGACCACCACGCGCGGGCCGCAGCCGCCGCGAAAGAGGGUGGACAACCGAUGACUGAGCGUGAACGCGAGCACGAGCAAGAACGAGACCGAGACCGAGACCGAGACCGGAAACUGGUGAAAGCUUAGUUUCCUCUUUCCCUUUUCUCCCUGUUUUAGCCUUGCAUUUUUGUGGGAAAUUCAUGUCAUGUAGCAUGGGUUGUGGGGUUUAUGAGGGUGUUAUCUAUUGUGUGCAUGAUUUGUACUGCUUGAGCGUUAUAGCGGAUAUCCCAGUAGUUUUAGUUCCUCUCUCGUUGGGCAUAUUGCAUAUAUGAACAGAUUGGCAUGAUUCUUUGGACAACACAGCAUUUACUAUAUAAUAUAUCAGAGCUCUGGCGGGGUUUGCACGAGCUAUACAUCCCUUCCAAGGCUUCAUUCUGUCACUCA